ACGCGCUCCUCUCGUCCACGCGCUUUUCGCGAGGACAUAAAAGUUACACGCAACAGGAACACGAAAACACUUAAUUUGUUUUCGUCUCCUCUCUCCUCUGCGCUUCCCCACUUCCGGGUUGCGUCGCUAUUUCUACUUUUCGGAUUCUCGUCGCCAUGGUGACACGUCACCGCUACAGGCUGUAAGUUCCCACGGCAGUCCACGCGCGUCCAAGUGUGAACACACGUACACACGCGCGUCCACGCCCAGUCCACCUGAGUCCGGGAGGGCGCGCGAGGCAGCAGACGUACAUCCGUGUACGUGAGUGUGUGUGUCUCGGAGCUCAACCAAAGCUUUAAAACACACCGGAAAGAGACGUUUUCGCAAGCUCAGUGUGUGGUUUUUUUUUUAAAAUCCCAAUGGAGGCAAAAGGAACAUUUAGUCGCCCUUUCUGCACGCCGAGGUGUCUGGCGGCGGCGGCGGCGCCCGUCGGGAAGUCCAAGUUAACCCACCCGGGGAAGGCGAUUCUGGCAGGCGGUAUUGCCGGCGGAAUUGAGAUUUGCAUUACCUUCCCUACGGAGUAUGUGAAGACCCAAUUACAGCUAGACGAGAAGGCCAACCCUCCAAAAUACAGAGGAGUAGGUGACUGCGUAAGGCAGACGGUACAGAGUCACGGUGUCAAAGGACUCUACAGAGGACUCAGCUCGCUCCUCUAUGGAUCCAUUCCCAAAUCUGCAGUCAGGUUUGGAGUGUUUGAGUUCCUCAGUAACCACGCGAAGGACGAGUUGGGUCGACUGGACAGCACUCGGGGUCUGCUGUGUGGUCUCGGAGCUGGUGUGAUGGAGGCUGUGUUAGUGGUUUGCCCCAUGGAAACUGUCAAGGUUAAAUUCAUCCACGACCAGACGUCUGCAAAGCCCAAAUACAGGGGCUUCUACCAUGGCAUCAGAGAGAUAGUCAGCGCUCAAGGUUUAAGAGGGACCUACCAGGGUCUCACUGCCACCGUGCUCAAACAGGGCUCCAACCAGGCCAUUCGCUUCUAUGUGAUGACCUCGCUCAAGAACUGGUACAAAGGCAAUGACCCCAAUAAAUCUAUCAAUCCUGUUGUAACUGGGGCCUUCGGAGCUAUAGCCGGAGCAGCCAGCGUGUUUGGAAACACUCCCAUAGAUGUCAUCAAGACAAGGAUGCAGGGCCUGGAAGCACAUAAGUAUAAGAGCACACUGGACUGUGCGGUGACGAUCCUACGACAUGAGGGUGUGGCAGCUUUCUAUAAGGGGACCGUUCCUCGUCUGGGUCGCGUAUGUCUGGAUGUGGCCAUCGUGUUCAUCAUCUACGAGGAGGUGGUCAAGGUUCUGAACAAAGUGUGGAAGACGGAGUGAGCUGCGGGAUGGCCGCUUCCCUGCUUCUCUUGCUGCUUCAGACUCACACACCCCACUUCGGUACACGACUCUUCUUUUAUUUUAAAUUAAAUCCUGAGGUUCAGAGAAUGUUCAAUUUCACACGAGCACGUCAAAUCCAAAGAGCCACAUAGGUGCUUUGUCUCCCUCUGGUGGACAGUUGGGUAUGUGCAAUUUAACAACAUAAUUGGAAUAAAACAUGCAGAUGUAUGUUUUGGAAUCAACUGGAAUAACCAAACCUUUUUAACCUUAUUUAAUCUUGUUAAGAUAAUUCUUGACUAAACUGCAGUCGCAUUUAUAAACAAAGCCUUUAAAAGAAUUAUUUUACCUUAUGUAGACACUUUAUUUUUAUGCAUUUAUUUUAUUACCAUCAUGAUAUUUUCAUUCUAAAGUAUAGAUAUAUUUUACCCCUGAGUCAGAUGCCGAACAAAAUAAAUAAUUUACAAAGGUACAGUCUAUUUCAAAUAUUAUGAUGUAUUUAUUGAGCCUUGAAUGUAGCGCUUCUAUAUUUUAAAAAAAAAUCUAAUUGCUAUUGUGUCAUUGUCUUUUCCCCCAAAUUUCCAGUCUGGAUGUAAAAGUGUCUGAAGAUGUAAAAAAAAAAAAAAAAAAAUCGAUCUACCUAUAUAUAUAUAUAUAUAUAUAUAUAUAUAUAUAUAUAUACACACACACACACACACACACACACACACACACACACACACACACACACACACAAUUGCUGUAUUUAAAGUGUAACUGUGAGACCCAACAUGAAGACCUCCAAGUGCUUUUCACCUUUGCAGGCUGCUGGGUGAUUGUGUCUUUGGUUUACUUUUUUUGUUUUUUAAAUCUUGUUUAUUUAGAACUUAUUUUUUUCAGAAUUGUGGUUCUUGUGAAAAUGUAGUAGGAAAUUGUAAAGAAAGUAGAAAAUGAGAAACCCAAACCCCAUGUUAUGCUAUAUAUUAAAAACAAAUAAGGCAUAUUACUGAUAUCCAUCCAUCCAUUGUCUGAGCUGCUUCUCCUCACUCGGGUCGUGGGCGUGCCGGAGCCUAUCCCAGCUAUCAUCGGGCAGGAGGCGGGGUACACCCUGAACUGGUUGCCAGCCAAUCGCAGUAUCACUGAUAUAAAUUCAUUUAAAAAAAAUAAAAAUAAUAAGGUCUAUGAAGGUCUUCUAUUGAAGAUGAAUAUUGUUUUUUUUUUUUCGUGUGUGUGCAAAAUCAUACUAAAUGCUCCUGAGAACAGGCUCUUUAGGUGCCAUGCUUCAUUGAGAGGAGGCAUAAAACGGUUCACUCAUGUGCGCCUUUAGUGUCAAUAUUACCAUGAAGUGCCUUUGCCAUCUUCAUCAGAAUGACUCAUCUUAAAAAUGUCGCAGGAUAUUGAAACUACUGGCCAAAUAUUUGCACACAUACUAGUACAAUGAUACGUCUCUUUAAAUACGUUUCCUUAAUUUUAGACUUUUUUGUUGUUGUUUUUUUUGCUAAAUGUACGUGAUUUUAGCAUAUCACACACACACUGCUCUGCUCCCUACACUGUGUGAUAAGCGGUAUAAUAUAUAUAUAUAUUUUUUACAUGUAUUUACUGUGGGUGACAUGUUAUUUAAUCAAAUGAGUCAUUUUCAUCAUGUAUAUUCUAUUUUCAUAGUAAUAGUGAACAUUUUGUGUCCCUGAAAUUGCUGUCCACCCUGUCAUUACGGGGUAACUGCCCCUUUAAGAAACCUACUGCUGUUUUCAGUGACAUCACGACCAUGUUGUCUUUUUUCAAUAGAGGCUGAAACAGUGGCUCGUCGUAAAUACUUAAAUGAUUGUUAUCAUAUUUCGUCUGUAGAUGGAUGUUGCCAAGAUUAACAUGUCCACCCUGUCAUAGUGAAAUAUCAGUUGAUGUUAAAAAAAAAAAAAGAAAUUCUAAAUGUAUUUGCUAAACAUUACACAGUCAGGUUAUAAAAUGAAUCAUCCACCAUGUGCUCAUUAAAUGCUAACAUUAGCCAAAAAUGUCAGCAAGCUCCCAUUUUGCUGUUUGCAUUUACAUUGUCUACUUGCAGUUAUUUAUAUUUAAAAAGUGUGCAAACUUGAAAAUGCAAUUCUCACAGUCUAACAUUUACUACCUAAUACAAUUAAUAUGAAGUUAAUGGAAAAUGUCAACUUUUUGGGGUAAACUGGGGAAGUUUCAAAGGCGCAUUAUGGUGAUAUUGACUCUUUUAUGUUCUGUAUCUGCUGUUACUGAUUUGAAAAGUAUUCUUUAACAUUCCUGACAAGCAGUCAUAUUUUGAAAAGGGUAUCUCUUCCUCUCCAACACUGUGAAACAUAACUCCGAGUGUACUUGUUUUGUUUUUUUCAUUUGGCCAAACAAAAUGUGUCCAGUAUUCCCCCAGUACUACGAGUUCAUGUGUUCAUGUCUUUAUGAAGCCUUUGUGCAAUAAACGCUGCAGUUCAUUAAAAAGGAGCUUUUAAAGCUU